AUGAGUGAGGAACUGGAUCAGAAUGUUACAGCUCAGGAAUACUAUUCAUUCUUUUUUAAUGGAUCAACUUCCUAUUUUUAUCUUCAAAACAACGUGACAUAUCUUCCGUUUUAUCAGCACACCGCUUCCGUGGCCACAGUCUUCAUCAUCUCGUACCUGCUCAUCUUCCUGCUCUGUAUGCUGGGUAACAGUUUGGUUUGUUUCAUUGUGAUGAAGAACCGACACAUGCGGACAGUAACCAACCUCUUCAUCCUUAACCUUGCCAUUAGCGACCUCCUUGUUGGGAUAUUCUGUAUGCCUACCACCCUUGUAGACAAUAUUCUUACAGGCUGGCCCUUUGGAAACUUUGUUUGCAAGAUGAGUGGAUUGAUUCAAGGAAUCUCCGUUUCAGCCUCAGUUUUUACUCUUGUUGCAAUAGCAGUGGACAGGUUCAGAUGCAUUGUUUACCCUUUCAAACAGAAACUGAACAUGACUGUUGCAGCCAUCAUCAUCUCUGUGAUAUGGGUUCUCGCUGUUUCAAUAAUGUGUCCUUCUGCAAUCAUGCUGCAGGUGGCCAAGCUGCCUGACAGUGUCAAGAUCAUCCAAAGCAGCAAGAAUAUAUACCCUUGCUAUCAAUGUUAUGAGGCAUGGCCAAGUCUAGAAAUGAGAAAGAUUUAUACGACGGUUUUAUUUUCCAACAUUUACUUAGCUCCUUUAUCACUUAUAGUUAUUAUGUACGCAAGGAUGGGGCUGACCCUCCUUAAAACUAGCGUGCCCGUUAGUGAAGUGACUCAGCACGAAAGUCGCAAUGCUGUGACUAAAAGGAAGCGACGAGCCAUCAAGAUGUUGGGCAUUGUUGCUCUGGUGUUCACCUUGUCAUGGCUGCCGCUUUGGACUCUGAUGAUGUUGUCUGACUACGCCAGCCUCUCGCACAAUAAACUGAGGGUGAUCAAUUUCUACAUCUACCCCUUUGCCCAUUGGUUGGCCUUCUGCAACAGCAGCAUCAACCCCAUCAUUUACGGUUAUUUCAACAAGAACUUUCGCCGAGGCUUUCAGUCUGUCUUCCGGUUUCAUCCAUGCUCUUCUAAAGUCAGCCACACUCGCCAAAUAUCCAACAAAUUCAUCUUAACGCCACAGAAUAAAAUUGGGCAAGAUCCUGUCACAAGUAACUCUGAGGUAAUGGACGAUUGCAGCACACGUCAGGCACACAAACACGUUUGUAAACGGAAUGAAAACCUCGUUCUUGAAGAGCUUGAUAAUAGAAUAAAGGAAAGUGAUCAUGACGUUUCAUUAUAAA